AUGUUAUUGUUGCUUAUCUUCUCCAUCUUCUCAAUCUCAAGUCUCCAUUUUUCCAUCUCCCAAGAACACCAAACCAUCAUCACAUCUUUCUCCAGUUCAGAUUCUCCAUGGACUCCCAAUCAGCACAAAAUCCUUGUUUCUCCCAACUCCACCUUUGCUGCAGGGUUUUCGUCUCUUCCCACUUCCCCAAAUCUCUUCACAUUCUCAGUUUGGUACUUUAGUAUCUCAAACAAGACCAUAGUUUGGUCUGCAAAUGAAAAUUCCCCUGUUUCUACCUCAGCUUCCUUGUUCAUUUCACCGGCAAAGGUACUAACUUUGGUCAAUGAUACUUCUUCUGGUCAAAAUCUAUGGCCUUUGAAUCCUGCCAGCAACACAAAUACAUCUGAAUUGAUACUCCAAGAGAAUGGGAACUUGGUUUUUGGGACGUGGCAGAGUUUUGGGAUUCCUACAAACUCGAUUCUUCCUGGUCAAAACAUCACUGGAACAACUUUGAGUUCAAAAAAUGGAAAGUUCAAGUUUUUGGACUCUAACCAACUCAUUCUCAGAGACUAUCCAUUCAAUUACUGGAGCAAUGUUAAUGCCUUUCUGGGCAUUGAUGAUUUGGGAAAGAUUUCUAUGGCAAAUAACCUUUCAUACAUUUCAUCGGAUUAUGGUGAUCAGAAGUUGAGAAGAUUGACUCUUGAUGAAGAUGGGAACCUCAGGCUUUAUAGUUUUGACCCAAAUUCAGGCCAGUGGAUGGAUGUUUGGAGGGCUGUUUACAAUCUUUGCAGAAUUCCAGGUAUUUGUGGGCUUAAUUCUGUUUGUGUUUAUGACCCUUUGGCUAUUUCUGUGUCUUGCAUCUGUCCUCCUGGAUUUAGGCAAAAUUUGGAUGAUCCCAAUUCUUGUGAUCGGAUAAUUCCCAUGAAAGACAUGGCAAAGACAAAAUUUUUACGCCUGGAUUAUGUGAACUUUUCUGGAGGAGGGCAACCAAAGCAAAUCAUUUCUACCGUUUCAAAUUUAACCACAUGCCAGGCUGAAUGCUUAGGGAUGCAAAAUUGUUUGGCAUUCUUGUUUAGAUUUGAUGGAAAUAAUUCCUGUAUUUUGCAUCUUGAUGGUCUUUUUUAUGGAUUCUGGGCUACUGGAGUUAAGGGUGCUACAUUUUUGAGGGUUGAUAACUCUGAGACUGCUACUGAGCCAAUAUUCACUGGGUUAACUUCUGUGAUGGAAACAUCUUGUCCUGUUACUAUUAGGCUUCCAUUUCCACCUGAAGAGUCCUCUGCUAGAACCAGAAACAUAGUGAUUAUAUCCAUUUUCUUUGCAGCUGAACUGAUUAGUGGUGUUUACUUCUUCUGGGCAUUUCUGAAAAAGUACACGAAGUAUAGGGAUAUGGCUAGGAUAUUUGGUCUUGAAACUAUGCCUGCUGGUGGACCUAAAAGGUUCAGUUAUUCUGAGAUUAGAGAUGCUACAGACAAUUUCUCACACAUUAUUGGGAGAGGCUCAUUUGGUAUUGUGUACAAAGGAAAUUUAAGGGAUGGAAGGGUUGUUGCUGUGAAGUACCUUAAGAAUGUCACAGGAGGUGAUGCUGAUUUUUGGGCUGAGGUCACAAUUAUUGCCCGGAUGCACCAUCUCAAUUUGGUCACAUUGUGGGGAUUUUGCACUGAGAAAGGCAAGCGAAUCCUUGUGUACGAAUACGUCGCCAAUGGUUCCCUGGACAAGUUUCUUUUUCAAAAGAAUGAGGUGGUUUCAAGCCGUGAUCAAGCAUUAGGCCAUGAACAAGAUUCAACUUCGGGUCGAAAACCUGUACUUGAGUUAAAUAUCCGUUAUCGGAUAGCAGUUGGCGUGGCGAGGGCAAUCGCGUACCUGCAUGAGGAAUGCUUGGAAUGGGUGCUACAUUGUGACAUAAAGCCAGAAAACAUACUCUUAGGGGAAGACUUCUGUCCCAAAGUAUCAGAUUUCGGGUUAGCCAAGCUGAGGACGCGAGAGGAUCGGGUGAGCAUGUCGGGUAUACGGGGCACCCGGGGCUAUCUAGCACCGGAAUGGGUCCGUGGCGAUCGACAAAUCACAUCGAAAUCCGAUGUCUACAGCUUUGGAAUGGUGCUACUAGAGCUUGUAACUGGUGUGAGAAACUUGGAGCAACAGAAUUCAAACAUGGAGAGUGAUCAGUGGUAUCUUCCAAUGUGGGCUUUUGAUAAAGUGUUUAAGGAAAUGAAUGUGGAUGACAUUUUGGACCCAAGAAUCAGGGAGCAUUCGGACAGCCGAGCCCAUAUGGAUAUGGUGGAUCGGAUGGUUAAGACAGCCAUGUGGUGUGUCCAAGACAGAGCCGAUGAUAGGCCGUCCAUGGGAAAAGUGGCCAAGAUGUUGGAAGGGACUGUGGAGAUCACUGAGCCCAAAAGGCCCACCAUUUUUUACUUGGGAGUAGAUGGUGGAAAUGGUACCCAAUACACCUCUACCCGGCAGUAA